UGACACGAGCAGGAAAUUACACGACGAGAGAAAAAUAGAAAAAGUUUGACAGUUUGUGCUCCACUGAAUUGUCUGAAACAAUAAAUCAAUUGAUGAAGUAUUUUGUAGGUGAUAUUCUAGUCAGUAAACAGGAAGUGAACAUCAACAGCUCUUGACAGGUGUUCAAUGGACUGUUCAGAUGAUGUCAUGGACUCCACAAAGGAUCUCAGUGGACAGACAGACACAGGGGAGGUCAAGAGUGUCAUUCAUGGAGAAUCUCCUGAAUCCAGCUGUGUGUCCAUGAAGAGUGACGGGUCAAUGGGUCCUCCACCUGAAUUCAGUUCAGGAGCUCCUUGUGCUGAUGUGAGAGAUGAUGUGACUGGAGACCUGCAGCAGGAUUCUCAUCCACCAGUAGAUGAUGUUCUUCAGACAGUCAAAGACAAACACAAAACCAGCAUGAAGAACAAGUAUGAGAGCUUAUUUGAGGGAAUCAAACUACACGAGAAUCAAACGCUCCUGAACAGGAUUUACACACAGCUCUACAUCAUAGAGGGAGAGAGUGAAGGGGUGAAUGAAGAACAUGAGGUUUUACACAUGGAGAAAACACCCAGAACUCAACACCAUCAAGACACUCCAAUCUCCUGCAAUGACAUCUUUGAAUCCUUCCCUGAACCAGGAAAUAAGCAGGUGAAAAGGAGGAAAGAAGAAAUAAAGACCAUUCUUACUAAAGGCAUCGCUGGAAUUGGGAAAACAGUCUCUGUGCAGAAGUUCAUUGUGGACUGGGCCGAGGGAAUAGCCAAUCGGGAUGUAGAUUUCAUGUUUGUGCUUCCAUUUCGAGAGCUGAACUUGAUUAAAGAUGAGCAGUACAGUCUUCACAAACUUCUGCUGGACUUUCAUCCUGAACUUCACGAUCUGGACUCAAAGAUUUAUGAUGAGUGUAAACUUGUGUUCAUCUUUGAUGGUCUGGAUGAAAGCAGAAUUAAACUGGAGUUUUCAGACAUUGAGAAAGUUCCUGAUGUGACUGAGACUUCAUCAGUGGGUGUGUUGAUGUCAAACCUCAUCAAAGGAGAUCUGCUUCCCUCUGCUCUCAUCUGGAUCACCUCCAGACCAGCAGCAGCCAAUCAGAUCCCCUCCAAAUACAUCAAGCGUGUGACAGAGAUUCAGGGAUUCAAUGAGCCUCAGAAGGAGGAAUAUUUCAGGAAGAGAAUCAGUGAUGAGCAUCAAGCCAGCAGAAUCAUCUCACACAUUAGAAGAGCAAGAAGCCUCCACAUCAUGUGUCACAUACCAGUCUUCUGCUGGAUCUCAUCCACUGUGCUUCAAAACAUCCUGAAACAAGACGACAGUGCAGAAAUCCCUCAAACUCUGACUGAAAUGUACAUCCACUUCCUGCUCAUUCAGAUCAAUGUGAGGAAUCAGAAGUAUGACGAGAAACUCCUGCAGUCCAACAGAGAAGUGAUUGUGAAACUUGCUGAACUGGCUUUCAAACAGCUGAUGAAGGGCAAUGUCAUGUUCUAUGAGGAGGACCUGAAAGAGAGCGGCAUAGAUGUCACUGACGCCUCAGUGUAUUCUGGGAUCUGCACUGAGAUCUUUAAGGAGGAAUCUGUGAUUCAUCAGAGGAAAGUCUACAGCUUCAUUCAUCUGAGCUUUCAGGAGUUUCUGGCUGCUUUCAAUGUAUUUUACUGCUAUUUAUGUAGCAGUACAGAAGCACUUUUUGAUUCGCUGCAUAAUCUCCAUAAAAGAGCAGUAGAAAAAACCCUGCAGAGUGCAAAUGGACAUCUGGAUCUUUUCCUGCGAUUCCUGCUGGGCAUCUCACUGGAGUCCAAUCAGAGACUCUUACAGGAUCUACUGACACACACACAGAACAGUUCAGAGAGCAUAAGAGAAAUCACACAGUACAUUAAAUACACAAUCAAGAGUGAUGAACGUCUCUCAGCUGACAGAUCCAUCAAUUUGUUCCUGUGUCUGCUGGAGAUAAAUGAUCAAUCUCUGUCCAGAGAGAUUCAGGAGUUUGUGAAAUCAGACAAACACUCAGAGGAGAAACUCUCUCCUGCUCAAUGUUCAGCGAUCGCCUACAUGCUUCAGAUGUCAGAGGAGGUGCUGGAUGAGUUUGAUCUGAAGAAAUACAACACAUCAGAUGAGGGCAGAAGACGACUGAUACCAGCUGUGAUGAACUGCAGAAAAGCUCUACUUGCAGGCUGUAAUCUCACUGAUGAGUGCUGUAAAAGUUUGUCUUCAGUUCUACAAUCAUCAAACUCCCUGAGAGAGCUGGACCUGAGUAACAAUAACCUGCAGGAUUCAGGAGUGAAGCUGCUUUCUGAUGCACUGAAGAGUCCUCACUGUACGCUGGAGAUACUGAGAUUGGCAGCUUGUAGAUUCACUGGUCAGUGCUGUGAAAGUUUGUCUUCAGUUCUACAAUUAUCAAACGCCUCAAGUCUGAGAGAGCUGGAUCUGAGUAACAAUGACCUGCAGGAUUCAGGAGUGAAGCUGCUCUCUGAUGCACUGAAGAGUCCUCACUGUACACUGGAAAUACUGAGAUUAUCUGGCUGUAUGGUGACAGAGGCUGGCUUUUGUUCUGUGGCUUCAGCUCUGAGUUCAAACCUCUCACACCUAAGAGAGCUGGAUCUGAGCUACAAUCACCCAGGAGAAUCAGGGGCCACACUGCUCUCUAAGAGACUCAAGGAUCCAAACUGCACACUGGACAAACUGAAUGUGGAUCAUGGAGGAGAGUUCAGGAUUACAGCAAGGUGUUCAGUGGACUGUUCAGAUGAUGUCAUGGGAUCUCACUCCACAAAGGAUCUCAGUGGACAGACAGACACAGGGAAGGUCAAGAGUGUCAUUCAUGGAGAAUCUCCUGAAUCCAGCUGUGUGUCCAUGAAGAGUGACCGGUCAAUGGAUCCUCCACCUGAAUUCAGUUCAGGAGCUCCUUGUGCUGAUGUGAGUGUCAUUCAUGGAGAAUCUCCUGAAUCCAGCUGUGUGUCCAUGAAGAGUGACCGGUCAAUGGAUCCUCCACCUGAAUUCAGUUCAGGAGCUCCUUGUGCUGAUGUGAGUGUCAUUCAUGGAGAAUCUCCUGAAUCCAGCUGUGUGUCCAUGAAGAGUGACCGGUCAAUGGAUCCUCCACCUGAAUUCAGUUCAGGAGCUCCUUGUGCUGAUGUGAGUGUCAUUCAUGGAGAAUCUCCUGAAUCCAGCUGUGUGUCCAUGAAGAGUGACCGGUCAAUGGAUCCUCCACCUGAAUUCAGUUCAGGAGCUCCUUGUGCUGAUGUGAGAGAUGAUGUGACUGGAGACCUGCAGCAGGAUUCUCAUCCACCAGUAGAUGAUGUUCUUCAGACAGUCAAAGACAAACACAAAACCAGCAUGAAGAACAAGUAUGAGAGCUUAUUUGAGGGAAUCAAACUACAGGAGAAUCAAACGCUCCUGAACAGGAUUUACACACAGCUCUACAUCAUAGAGGGAGAGAGUGAAGGGGUGAAUGAAGAACAUGAGGUUUUACACAUGGAGAAAACACCCAGAACUCAACACCAUCAAGACACUCCAAUCUCCUGCAAUGACAUCUUUGAACCCUUCCCUGAAGCAGGAUAUAAGCAGGUGAAAAGGAGGAAAGAAGAAAUAAAGACUGUUCUUACUAAAGGCAUCGCUGGAAUUGGAAAAACGGUCUCUGUGCAGAAGUUCAUUGUGGAGUGGGCCGAGGGAAAGGCCAAUCGGGAUGUAGAUUUCAUGUUUCUGCUUCCAUUUCGAGAGCUGAACUUGAUUAAAGAUGAGCCGUACAGUCUUCACAAACUUCUGCUGGACUUUCAUCCUGAACUUCACGAUCUGGACUCAAAGAUUUAUGAUGAGUGUAAACUUGUGUUCAUCUUUGAUGGUCUGGAUGAAAGCAGAAUUAAACUGGGGUUUUCAGACAAUGAGAAAGAUCCUGAUGUGACCGAGACUUCAUCAGUGGGUGUGUUGAUGUCAAACCUCAUCAAAGGAGAUCUGCUUCCCUCUGCUCUCAUCUGGAUCACCUCCAGACCAGCAGCAGCCAAUCAGAUCCCCUCCAAAUACAUCAAGCGUGUGACAGAGAUUCAGGGAUUCAAUGACCCUCAGAAGGAGGAAUAUUUCAGGAAGAGAAUCAGUGAUGAGGAUCAAGCCAGCAGAAUCAUCUCACACAUUAGAAGAGCAAGAAGCCUCCACAUCAUGUGCCACAUACCAGUCUUCUGCUGGAUCUCAUCCACUGUGCUUCAAAACAUCCUGAAACAAGACGACAGUGCAGAAAUCCCUCAAACUCUGACUGAAAUGUACAUCCACUUCCUGCUCAUUCAGAUCAAUGUGAGGAAUCAGAAGUAUGAAGAGAAACUCCUGCAGUCCAACAGAGAAGUGAUUGUGAAACUUGCUGAACUGGCUUUCAAACAGCUGAUGAAGGGCAAUGUCAUGUUCUAUGAGGAGGACCUGAAAGAGAGCGGCAUAGACGUCACUGACGCCUCAGUGUAUUCUGGGAUCUGCACUGAGAUCUUUAAGGAGGAAUCUGUGAUUCAUCAGAGGAAAGUCUACAGCUUCAUUCAUCUGAGCUUUCAGGAGUUUCUGGCUGCUUUCUAUGUAUUUUACUGCUUUACUUUAUGUAGCACUACAGAAGCACUUUUGGAUUCACUGCAUAAUCUCCAUAAAAGAGCAGUAGAUAAAACCCUGCAGAGUGCAAAUGGACAGCUGGAUCUUUUCCUGCGAUUCCUGCUGGGCAUCUCACUGGAGUCCAAUCAGAGACUCUUACAGGAUCUACUGACACACACACAGAACAGUUCAGAGAGCAUAAGAGAAAUCACUCAGUACAUUAAAGACACAAUCAAGCGUGAUGAACCUCUCUCAGCUGACAGAUCCAUCAAUCUGUUCCUGUGUCUGAUGGAGAUGAACGAUCAGACUCUGUCCAGACAGAUUCAGGAUUUUGUGAAAUCAGACAAACACUCAGAGGAGAAACUCUCUCCUGCUCAAUGUUCAGCGAUCGCCUACAUGCUUCAGAUAUCAGAGGAGGUGAUGGAUGAGUUUGAUCUGAAGGAAUACAACACAUCAGAUGAGGGCAGAAGACGACUGAUACCAGCUGUGAUGAACUGCAGAAAAGCUCUAUUGGCAGGUUGUAGAUUCACAGGUCAGUGCUGUGAAAUUUUGUCUUCAGUUCUACAAUCAUCAAACUCCUUAAGUCUGAGAGAGCUGGACCUGAGUAACAAUGACCUGCAGGAUUCAGGAGUGAAGCUGCUCUGUGAUGCACUGAAGAGUCCUCACUGUACACUGGAGAUAUUGAGAUUGGCAGGUUGUGGAUUCACUGGUCAGUGCUGUGAAAUUUUGUCUUCAGUUCUACAAUCAUCAAACUCCUUAAGUCUGAGAGAGCUGGACCUGAGUAACAAUGACCUGCAGGGUUCAGGAGUGAAGCUGCUCUCUGAUGCACUGAAGAGUCCUCACUGUACACUGGAGAUACUGAGACUUGCAGGCUGUUAUCUCACUGAUGAGUGCUGUGAAAGUUUGUCUUCAGUUCUACAAUCAUCAAACUCCCUGAGAGAGCUGGAUCUGAGUAACAAUAACCUGCAGGAUUCAGGAGUGAAGCUGCUCUCUGAUGCACUGAAGAGUCCUCACUGUACACUGGAGAUACUGAGAUUGUCAGGUUGUGGAUUCACUGGUCAGUGCUGUGAAAGUUUGUCUUCAGUUCUACAAUCAUCAAACUUCCUGAGAGAGCUGGACCUGAGUAACAAUAACCUGCAGGAUUCAGGAGUGAAGCUGCUGUCUGAUGCACUGAAGAGUCCUCAAUGUACACUGGAGAUAUUGAGAUUGGCAACUUGUAGAUUCACUGGUCAGUGCUGUGAAAGUUUGUCUUCAGUUCUACAAUCAUCAAACUCCUCAAGUCUGAGAGAGCUGGACUUCAGUAACAAUGACCUGCAGGAUUCAGGAGUGAAGCUGCUCUCUGAUGCACUGAAGAGUCCUCACUGUACACUGGAGAUACUGAGAUUGGCUGGUUGUGGAUUCACUGGUCAGUGCUGUAAAAGUUUGUCUUCAGUUCAACAAUCAUCAAAAACCUCAAGUCUGAGAGAGCUGGAUCUGAGUAACAAUGACCUGCAGGAUUUAGGAGUGAAGCUGCUCUCUGAUGCACUGAAGAGUCCUCACUGUACACUGGAAGUACUGAGAUUAUCAGGCUGUAUGGUGACAGAGGCUGGCUGUUAUUCUGUGGCUUCAGCUCUAAAUUCAAACACCUCACACCUAAGAGAGCUGGAUCUGAGCUACAAUCACCCAGGAGAAUCAGGAGUCAAACUGCUCUCUAAGAGACUCAACGAUCCAAACUGCACACUGCACAAACUUAAUGUUGAUCAUAGAGGAGAGUUCAGGAUUACAGCAGGACCACGCAAAUAUGUCUGUGAUCUCACACUGGAUUCAAACACAGCACACACUGAACUCAUUCUGUCUGAGGGGAACAGGAAGGUGACACGUGUGAGAGAGUGUCAGUCAUAUCCUGAUCAUCCAGAGAGAUUUGAUGUGUAUCAUCAGGUUUUGUGUAGAGAGAGUCUAACUGGACGCUAUUACUGGGAGACUCAAUGGAGUGGGAGAUAUGCUGUUGGUAUAUCAGUGUCAUAUAAAGAAAUCAGCAGGAAAGGAGAGAGUCUUGACUGUGUGUUUGGAUUCAAUGUAAACUCCUGGUGUCUGAGGUGCUCUGAUGACAGAUUCACUGUCAGUCACAAUAAUAACAACACUGACAUACGUUCCCGUUCACACGGCUGUAAGAGAGUAGGAGUGUAUUUGGACUAUCCGGCCGGCACUCUGUCCUUCUACAGCGUCUCUGACACACACACACUCACACACUUACACACAUUCAACACCACAUUCACUCGACCCCUCUAUGCUGGAUUUACAGUUUAUCCUGAUUCCUCAGCGAGUCUGUGUGAAAUUGAACAUUAGAGACACACACACACACAACUGGAUGAGUGAAAUAUACUCACUGUAACUCACAUCAACACAACUCCAAACUCUUUCUACAAAUCAUUUACUACUCAGGGUUUCUGCAGGUCUUAAGUCUUAUUUUGCCCUUCUGCAAAUUAAGACAUUAAAUGCUGGACCACUCACUGAUUUUUUCAAAUGACAUUUAAUAUCCUCAUUUUCCUUCUCUCUGUUGUCUUUGGGAUCAUUUGAAGAGAAGAAAUUUUGAUGAUUUGACAAUAUUUUCAUUCUAGUCCAACAAAUCAGCUGAAAUUAAUGUGGUUACCAUGACAAUGACGUAAUGUGCUCUUUGUUGUCCUGUCAGCACAAGUACCAAUAAAAAUGAGUUUUCA